CUUUAUCCUCAGCCCUGAUUGGCUGCUGCGCAGUGACGUAGGAAACCGGGCACGGUGCUUGUGGAGCUGACAGAGCUCAGAUGUAGCUAAGACUCCCUGGUUGACCUUGCUACUGAGCGCUGCCUACAAACAACACACCGUCCAGGAAAACACAACAACCCCAAGCUAUGUCACACAUGUCAGUGCCCGCGGUACCCAGAACGGGAUUCACGUUUUCAAAAGAGCAUUUGGUGGUUGCUGUGCCGGUCGCCGUGGUCGCAGCCGUCGGCGGUUUCCUAGUCAGCCAUUACCUGAACGGGCGGAGCUGUAAGAAGGGCAUGGUGAACACAUGCGUCAGCAAAGAUAGCCCCAAAGUGGUCCACAGCUUCGACAUGGAGGACAUCGCCACCAAGGCCGUGUACUGCCGCUGCUGGAAGUCCAAGAAGUUCCCUUUCUGCGACGGAGCCCACGCCAAACACAACGAGGAAACCGGGGACAACGUUGGACCGCUCAUCAUCAAGAAGAAGGAUGCCUAAGCCACCCAAUCAGAGAGCCUCGCCCUCCCUUUACUUCUUGUCCCCGCCCCCGGCCUAGUUUUUCCCCUAUCAAUAUCGCCGCCAUGGCAGUGUCACACUGAUGGUGACGGCAUGGCACUAUUGAAAUGAAAUCAAACCGUGGCUAUUAUUCGUAGCCCAGAUCAGAGAAAGUGCUGAAAAUGUGUAUUUUGAUUUCAUACCCGCCACACUUGUUUCUACAUGAAUGGCUUUGAAAUCAAAAGGUCCUUAGAGCGGAGACAAGGAAGGGACUUUGACAAUCAGCACAGUCAGACAUGAGGUACUAUGACUGGGCAGUUGCCUUUUGACCUACUUAUUUUGAAGAGUUUUGUUUAAAUUCUCCCUGGACCUGGUUCAUAACUGAUCUAUUUCACCGUGCAGGCAUUGUACCGUCACAUCUGGUGUCACCUGUGUCCCCUCCCCCGUCACUCCUCCGGGGGGGGGGGGAGCAGGUGGUUCAAACCUGACGAACUGGCAACUCUUGGUCUCAGUCAACUCAUUAAGAAUUCAGCCAAGGCCUUCUACUUAAAUCUACAACCCCACCCCCGACCCAUAUGAACGUUACAUGUCAGGAUUUUUAAGAGCUGCUUAGUCAAGAGAAAAACAAAAGUUCUGUUUGUUUUUUUUUCUUUAAUGAAAUACUAAUCUCCGAUCUUGACACUAUCUGCUGUUUGUAACCCGUUACUGUCUGCUUUCUGAGGAAACUUGUGUUUAAUCUGUACGAUUCAAAACUCUGCUUACAAAAGAAAUAUUAAGCUUUUUCAUUAGGUUUAUUUUCUACCGGCUGCAGUGUGUCUGAUUCAUUGUUCUGUAUAUUGUGAAUAAAAGCUAUCGAGUGAUCUGA